AUGAAUGAGUGCAUGCAGUGGAAGGAGGAGAGUACAGAGCUGAGAGCACCGAACAGAGGCACGGACCUGGCCCCGGGCCUGCUGUCCGCACAUGUUUUGCCACGGCUGGGCACCUCUGAGGAAGAAUCUGACCCAGUGGUCACAGAAAGCUUUGCAAUCAGUAAACGAUACCCUACCCGAAAGGCUGCAAGACCGGAGCUGGGAUGUGACUCCAAGUCCCGGACCACGUGUCCCCCAGAUGCAUUCCCUGCUUUUAGUUGCUGCAGCGGUGCUGGCAGCUGCAGUGAGCUCUCACAGCCCCAAGCCCGUCCCACCCACCGUGCUACAGCAAGUCUCAUUGCACUGAGGCUGAAAGGCUUUGAGAAAGUUACCUCUGGAUUAGGAGGAGGGAAGGGGAGGGAGCUGGUGCUCUCCCCAGCGUACUUCUGCUUCCUCCUAUCUGCUCUGGGUGUGACAGCUGGUGCCCAUCGCUUGUGGAGCCACAGGUCCUACAAAGCCAAGCUGCCUCUGAGGAUAUUUCUGGCUGUUGCCAACUCCAUGGCUUUCCAGAAUGACAUCUUCGAGUGGUCCAGGGACCACCGAGUCCACCACAAGUACUCAGAGACCGAUGCUGACCCACACAAUGCCCGCCGGGGCUUCUUCUUCUCUCAUAUCGGGUGGCUCUUUGUUCGCAAACAUCCAGAUGUCAUUGAGAAGGGGAGAAAACUUGACCUCACUGACCUGCUGGCUGAUCCUGUGGUCCGAUUCCAGAGAAAGUACUAUAAGAUCACUGUGGUGCUCAUGUGCUUUGUGAUCCCCACGCUGAUACCCUGGUGUGCCUGGGAAGAGAGUCUGUGGAACUCCUAUUUCUUGGCCUCCAUCCUCCGCUAUACCAUCUCACUCAACAUCAGCUGGCUGGUCAACAGUGCUGCCCACAUGUAUGGAAACCGGCCCUACGACAAGCACAUCAGCCCUCGGCAGAACCCACUCGUCACCCUGGGUGCCAUUGGUGAAGGCUUCCACAAUUACCACCACACCUUUCCCUUUGACUACUCUGCGAGUGAAUUUGGCUUAAAUUUCAACCCAACCACUUGGUUCAUUGACCUCAUGUGCUGGCUGGGACUGGCCACUGACCGCAAACGAGCAACCAAGCCAAUGAUCAAGGCCCGGAAAGCCAGGACUGGAGACGGCAGCACUUGA